AUGCCAGGACGAGACCUCGCAAGUCUUGUGCUGUCCCUUCAUAUCGCGGGGUUUGACAUCCUCAACCUCAGAAGAAAUGAGUUCGGAGAACUGCAAGACGGUCUGGAGCACGCCCUUCCACGUCUGGCCAACAUCCGAAAGUUUACCUUCAAGGUCUUGGAGACGCUCAGAUGUCGCGUCCUCGUCAAUCUCUUGGCAUCCUGGGAGUCGCUUUCCUCUGUCGACGUUGAAGUCACGGAUGAAGACACAGUGCCGGACGCAAGUCCUCGCGCUCCCGCCGUACCCCACCUCACCAGUCUUAGCAUUCGUAAUCUCCCAUCGACUUACGAUGACUACCUGCAGCAGCUGGCGGCUUCCUGCUGCAAUGGCCUUCUCAAAAUGUCACUCGCCGAGUCGGAUGCGGACACAGUGAGACACGUACUCGGAUCCACCGUUUUUGCUUCCCUACAGGACCUCGAACUAGAGGCCGCCGCAUUCUUCCACCCCGAUUUCCCCCAUGGCGCAUUCCCCCGUUUGCGAGCCCUCAUUUUAUCCUACGACUCCGAAUCACCGUGGGACGACGACUCGGCACUACCCUCGUGGAGAGAACCCAUUCCCUACACCGCGUACCCCCAACUCGAGAGUCUGGCCUGCAAUGUGGAAGACCUUCCCCUCAUGAUACCCAAACAAGCCGAGGUCGGCGAUCGAAUUCCGGUGCACACCAUCCGACUCAACGGAGCGACAUAUGAACGGAACGGGGGCGCGUUCUCGCACAUCUCGCCGGAGUGGGACGAGGUCGUCGAAUCCUUAUUUCAUCUGCGCUACUCUGGGGUACCCAUUCGGCAUCUGAGCUUCCACGUCUACCGCAUUACGGUUACGCAGCUUGAGGAGGUUCUGCCUUCCUUAAAGGACCUCGAGAGCCUCCUGAUCUCAAGCGUCCACGACCCCAACCUGCAGGCUAGUUACCCGGUCGAGAUCCUCUCCCGGAUGCUCUCCAGAAUGCCAAAAUUGCACAGCUUUCUCCUCUCCGACGCGCCCUUGAAGCGCGAACACCAUGCGUACAAUUUCAACCUCGCACGGGCGCAGACGCGACAGCGGGAGAUCGUGCAUGAAUGGGCCAAGUUUGCCGGCUCGCUUCGGAGGAUAGCGUUUACGACGGAGAUGGAAUGGAUCAUCAUGCCCCGGGAUCUACCACCAGAACUUCUCCUCGCGAUAGGCCGCGUCACAAGGACCGCCGAUCUCCCGUCUUUACUCCGGAUCAGCACUUUUUACAACCACUUCUUCACCGGCACGCUGCUCUACUCCUCGAUCGAGCUGAGAGACUUCAGAUCUACACGAAGAUGUCUUCGCACCCUCUGCAAGGCUCCGGCAGACUGCGCUUUCGGGCGCGACCUCGCCGGCCUUGUUCGCUCGUUCCACACCGCCGAAUUCCCAUAUAAUCGCAUCCGCAUGACGUCGCUCCAGGCGCUGCAGGGCAUGUUUUCCCGUGUCCUUCCGCGCCUUAUUAACGUUCAGGUGUUCUCCACACAACUUGUUCGACUGCUACCGCUCUGCGCACUGAUGGACUUGCUUCGGACCCAUGAGUAUCGCCGCAGCGAAGAUGACCUCCAGCUUAUAAGCCAAGAGCUUCCCUUUUUCCCACAACUGACGUUGAUCAAACUGGUUGGCGUCUACGAGAAACAUCCACUCUACAUCCAAUUCCUCCAACGUCUCUCCCACACCGUCGCCAACCACAUACAAACCCUGCACCUCGACAUGAUCAAUAACGAACCCGAGCUGGCCAUGCUCUCCGCCAGAGAAACCUUCCCAGCACUCCAAGAGCUCAAGGUCAACGGCAAGACGUUCUUCCUCCCCGAGUUCCCGCAUGCAGCCUUUCCUCGGCUCCGUACGCUCAUUCUUAGAGGCGAGCGCUUCUUCUGGCAGCUUCCGUCCCCUCUGGAUCCAGGUCUGGGCGCGACGCGGUGCAUUACACAUUACCCGGAGCUCGAGAUACUAUGCUGUAGCGCGCGUGCAAUCCCGUCGCUCUUUCCGCCAGACAUCCCGUCCCGCGAUCUCCCACAUGCUCUGCAUACUGUAGAGCUCGACAACCCGGCCUACGUCUUACCGAAACCGUAUGAAGACUACGUUCCGAGUUCGGCUCUUCCGAUCCGCCACCUGCUCUUCUCUGUGGCUUCUCUCGGAAGCGAUGUGGAAGAACAGGACUUCGAGGUGUUACCAACGUGCAUGGAAAGACUCGAAACCCUUGUCGUCUUCAUGGGAGCAGUUUGGUGUACGCAGGACACGGCCAUGCGCGUCAUCUCACGCAUGAUCGCCCGCAUGUCUCAUUUGCACUCUCUCGCAUUUGCAAACCUGCCGCCCAAGAAUCGCAUCCCGGUAGCUCGCCCCGACAUCGCGCAAGUCCACACGAGCCAAAGCCGCCUUGUGCACGAAUGGGGCCGAUAUGGAUCUCCGCUGUGUAGCGUCUCCUUGACUGUAGGAACGGAGUGGGUGCGUCACGGUGCAGAGUGGGUCUUGCUGGAACACCCACAGGAGUGCACAAUGCUUGGUAACGACAGAACUGUAGGCUAUGAGGAUGAUUCGGAGGACGAGCCGGGAAAUAAUGAAGGCAGGGCAUCGGCGCGGGAUCGGCUAUGA